AUGCAAGCCGAUAUUGCGUCCAUGGAAUUUUCCUCUGGGCGAAAGCUGAAGACCUACAGACGGGCCUCACGAAACAUCGUGCGCAGUCCGUUCCAGCGCACCCCGCCUGAGCGCUUCGAUCAGGAUACGUCUCCUACGCCGAAAGACGUCGGAAUUUCUAGGAGGGAUAUUGAAACACCGCGCAAGGCACUACGCAGAGGAAACUCAGAAACAACGAAAAAGGUGGAAAGGCCUCGACUGACAGUUCCGAAAAUUGAGGGCAGCAUCUACGAUAUCCCCUCGUCAGACGAUGACACGCAGAAUAGGUCUGGACGCGAGCGCAAGCGCAGGAGGUUGGAGACUCCAACAGCUCUGUGCAAGUUCUCACAGGUUGAUCGCACCGCUCUAGUAGAAUCGCGAGAACGACCACAACAGGUUCAAAUAGACAAGCCAUUGGAACCACAGAGUAGUGCGGUUAAAAGGGCCAGGCAUACUGUCGCAGAGAAAUCUCCUCGGGUAGGAGUUGUCAUUCGAUCACCUCCCUCAGCCAAAGCAAACGGUACCAAUCAAUUUGAUCAUGACCAGAGAACGUUGCCAGGUAAAAAGCCCCUUUCGCUCGGGUCGCCAAGCAAACAACCUUUGUCUGCUGGUUCAUGGAGUCAUCGUUUCCGUCAUGACCCAGGUUCGAGGCCAGGGCCCAUGAACCCAGCCGCCUCAGUGCCUGCAAACCAGCCUGUUAGGCCCAGUCUCUCGCGGAGUCCAUCUCAGAAACUCAAGGAAAUGACGCAGCAUUUGUCUACUGAAUCGUAUGUUAAGACUCCUCUCAAGCGGUCCCUAACCAGUGAAAAGGAAGGGUCAAUUGCCGGGACCCCGCGAACUUCGUCCCGCUUGAGGUUGAUAGACGCGCUAAAUACCGGUGAUAUGGAGGAUACGGAAAGUUCCAGUGACCCGGAUACCGUUCGAUCAGAUCUAUCUCAUCGUUCGAGGACUAAUUCCCGAGCCUCCUCCAGGGGGCCGCCAACGAAAGACCCCGUUUCAACCAAUACCUUUCCAUCCGUUAACCCUCGUCGGCGGCGACCAGAAAUCUCAAACCAGCUACAACAAAAUAUUUCGAGAGUAACCUAUGCGCGACAAAGGUCUUUUCGUACAGAGGGCGAUAUGGACACCAAUAUGUCGGGGAUGAAUGAUAUGAAACCUACGUCCGCGUCAAAAGCCGACCCGUUGUUAUUCGAUAUUGGCACGAGCUUAUUGCCUCCGAAACUAGUUCCGAACUUACAAGAACCCGAUGACAACAACGAUACCGGCCCCGGGAUGGUUAGAAGCAUUUACGAGCUUCGACGAGCAGGUGGCAACGCGAGGUACCAGGCGGUCAUCGAGUCUAUCUUUGAAGAUCUCGAGGAGAAAACAGCCUCAAACUCGAGAAAACGCAGCGGGUUUUUUCAGUUGUGUUCGAAACUCGUAGAUACCGAGUUUUCACGUCGCUUUAUCAGCAAUUCCUUGGAAAAGAGGCUUUCUGAAUGCACCGUUAAUGAACCCGAUAUGAUUUGCACAUAUCUCACUGUGUGCAUUUAUACACUACUUCUUGCGUCUGGGCCUACUUCUCCAGCUCUGCAGACUUGCUUUACGCAGAUAUUGGACGCCGCUCCCUCUCUUCUUCCCGAAGAACGGGAUAUACUACAGCUAAUCAAGCUUCGUAACUUUAACAUGUCAAAGGCAGGCCAAUCUAGUCUACGAGAUCUUUGCGUGCAGCUUCGCGAAAACAAACUAUGGUCAGAAUUACCUCCCGCGAGGCUUUCACCACAGAACCUAGAGUUACGAUCGCUAGAGCUAGCGGUGCGCAAAGUUCGAGAAGCUGGUGAUCGAACGGCGACAGUUUCGAACCCUGUCCUUGCGCAGAUAGUGGACCUUCUUCUUCAACAUUCACGGGAGGGCGCCAAUAGCGAUCUUUUCGUUCUCGAGAUGGCAUUUUCAAUUUUGGAGUCUUAUACCGUUGGCCUACCGUCUUUGGACAGCGAGCAGGAAAGAAUUCUAAAGCGUCUCUCGCGAAUGGGCUUGCUCCUAGCACAGCUAAUCGAUAGAUCUGAUGCGGCGAGCCGGCAAAUCCAGAUACUGCAGAUUCGUCUCAUCCUUAACAUUACAAACAACAAUCCAGCUCUCUGCGAAAACUUUGCAACGCCUGAUUUGGUUGGUGCACUGGCCCGACUUGUUUUGUCCAACUUCGGGACAGUAGCGGAAGAUUUGGCUAGUGAUAAGAAAGAAUCGCUGUUGGAUACAGUGAUUCUUGCACUUGGAACGUUGAUCAACUUGACCGAAUGGAGCAGCAGGUCCAGGGGACUAUUUUUGCAGAUGAAGCAUGGUCCUGCGAUUCUGGUUGACCGUCUCAUGGAGUUGUUCAUUGGUGGACUAGAGACAGUCUCAGAAGCUGACUCCGUUGUCCAAACACACUCCAACGUUGCUUUUGGCUAUCUAUCCGUGCUCCUCAGCACUUUAUGCCUUGACGAUGAAGUGCGGACCCAAGUGCGCAGGAAGAUGCGCGGCAAUAACCUCAGCCGUCUUCUUGCCAUCGUGGAGGAGUUUCUACACUACUACCGAAAGGUCGAGGAGGAACUGAAGGAUCCUGUUUUGGAAGAGGAUGCUAUGGCGGGGUUCACGUCUCGACUUCAGAGUAUUGUUGACCGGAUCCGUGAGGCGGAAGGAUUGAGGAGGUAACCAGGAUGGGCGUUUUGAUGGUUGGUCACGCCGUGUAUGGAUGGUUAGAUCA